AUGUCCAAAGGUCCUUCAUUUGUUACUAUAAGGAGUGAAGUAAUUUCUUUAGAAUCAAAAGCUGAUAGCUUAUUAUCAAAAUAUUCAUCGUUUGCCCAAACUACUAGUUCUGAGGCAACAGGUCAAGAAAAGAAGUUGGAUGUUCAAAUUGAAAAUGUAUUGCAGAGGACCCAAGAUGUUGUUGAAAAAUUAAGGAAUAUUUGUAAUGAUAAUAACGAUAUUUCUACAACAAAGUUAACACAAUUAUCAAGACAUGCUGAGAUUUUGCAAGAUCAUUGGAAAAAUUUUAGGAAUAUAAGAUCUUCAAUUCAACAAGAACGUAAUAGAUUGAACCUGCUGUUUAGUGUUAAGAAUGAUAUAGAGCAGCAGAAAUUUUUGGAUACAAAUGAAGAUGAGUAUAUUCAAAAUGAAGCUAGAAGAGUUGAUCAAUCACAUAAUUUGGUUGAUAGAUUGAUUGCUCAAGCUUUAGAGACAAGAGAUCAAUUCAACAGUCAGAGUAAUUUACUUCAUAGUGCAAAUAAUAGAAUGCUACAAACUAUCCAGAGAAUACCAGGUUUAAAUCAAUUGAUUGCCAAGAUUAAUACAAGAAGAAGGAAAAAUGCGCUUAUUUUGUCCUCAGUGAUAACAAUAUGUUUUUUGAUAUUGUUCUUCACUUGGUAG